CAGAUUUCUCCUCUGAUCUUCCUUCGCUCUCCGCUCAAUUUCGGUUUCUCCCUCCGUCGUCGGAUUCUUAUGUUGUUUCCCUUUUAAGUCGAUAUCUGGGCUCCGCCUCGUUCGUGAUUUUCGUUCCGGGAUGGAGAAAGAUCAAAUUUUUAUUGGGUCAAAUUGUUUUAUCUUUAAAAAAAAAAUUGAUGGGCUAGGAACCAGAUUCUAUAUGGAUGAUCUUCGUUAGAUUUUUUUCUCCUUUGUGUCGAAAUUAUGGGUUUUUUGGGUGUUUGAUGAUUGUUGUUUAUUAGAAGAGCAAUGAGCUAUUCAGCAGCCGGACUCGGAAAGCCUGGCUCAGGUAAGAGGAGAAUAAGGGAUCUUUUAAAUCAACCUGAUAACCGAGUCUGUGCUGAUUGCGGUGCUCCAGAUCCUAAGUGGGCGUCAGCAAAUAUCGGGGUGUUUAUUUGCUUAAAAUGCUGUGGUGUCCACAGAAGCCUCGGCACUCAUAUCUCAAAGGUUUUGUCUGUGACAUUGGAUGAAUGGUCAGACGAGGAAGUUGAUUCCAUGAUUGAAGUUGGAGGAAAUGCCUCCGCCAAUUCUAUCUAUGAGGCUUUUAUACCUGAAGGGUGCUCGAAGCCGGGACAUGAUGCCAGUCAUGACCAGCGUAUGAGAUUCAUUCGGUCAAAGUAUGAGUUCCAAGAGUUUCUGAAACCAAGCUUGCGGAUCACAUCUGGGAAAAGCUCUAUAAAGAGCUCGGCAUCUCUGACAUCAAGUCUUUCUAGGAAGAUCAUGGAUAGCUUUCGUACUAAUUCAUCUCAUCAGACGCAGGAAGGCAUGGUAGAGUUUAUGGGAAUGUUGAAGGUCACAGUUAAAAAGGGCACAAAUUUGGCCGUAAGAGAUAUGAUGUCAAGUGAUCCCUAUGUUGUGCUGAAUCUAGGACAUCAGACUGUUCAGACAGCGGUUAUGAAGAGCAACUUGAAUCCCAUCUGGAACCAGGAACUCAUGUUGUCUGUUCCUCAAGACUACAGCUCCGUGAAGUUGCAAGUGUAUGAUUAUGACACAUUUUCUGCUGAUGACAUAAUGGGAGAAGCCGAGAUCGAUAUCCAACCUCUGAUAACAUCUGCAAUGGCUUUCGGGGACCCGGAAAUGUUCGGGGAUAUGCAGAUAGGGAAAUGGCUGAAAUCUCACGACAAUGCCCUCGUAGAGGACAGUAUCAUCAACAUCCUCGACGGGAAAGUCAGGCAGGAGGUUCAGAUCAAGCUUCAGAAUGUUGAAUCUGGAGAAAUAGAACUAGAACUUGAGUGGCUUCCCCUUGACCAAUAAAUCAAUCACUAGGCUCAAUGCAUUCAUGCAAAAGUAUGAAGAAAAAAAAAGUCGCCUUCUUUAUGUUGUUUUUUUUUUGGGUUCCUUUCUGAAAUUUCAAGUUUAGGAUCUUUGAUGUUGAACUCCUUCCGACAAGAAGUCUCUCUGGCAUUUGUUUAUACGGCUUGUAACCCAACUGAGUAUACUAUUAUCAGAAGUAAUGUCCUGUCA